AACUUCAUUCAUUUUUCGAGUUCGUUAACGACAAGUUAGUACGUUAUUAUUAUCAACAUGAGUUUAUACGACGCCGAAGUUUUCAACAAUUCCGUCAAUGACAACAAGGUCAACGACAAGAAAUCCAAGUCGACGAUGCACCAGAUCAAGAAGCUGAUCAAAUGCAUAAUCAAGAAGAACAAGCACACUUACGUGAAGAAUCCGCAGCCCGAUUACUACUUCGAUGAAGAAAUUAGCGAUAACCUCGCUAAUGAAAUCCUCGAGAACGAGAUUUUCGAAGACAUCGACAACUGCGAAGAUUUCUCCGCUGUACCUGUGUACGAGAACGGCGAAAUGGACUUCCUACCCGUUACGAGAGGACAGAGAUACAUCCCAGUGCAUUUCGCAAGAACUGAAGCGGGCACAUUCUUCUGGACAUCAAUCACCACUCCCGAUCAAGAUAUCUGCUAUCACGGUGACAAGAACGCCAUCUCAAACUACCAAGUACCACAAAGGCAAGUACCUAAUGAUAGAUGGGCUCAAGCUUAAUCAAUCUACACGUUAAAUGGUUCGUUCUGUGAUUGACCAGUGCCUUUAAAAACAUUUCAUGUGAUGGUUUUGCUCAAAUUAUAUUUUUUUAUUGUUGACUGAUUGUCAAAUGUGAUAUUGUAGUUUUAAAUGUUUAUAUUUUCAGAUUUUUUAUCUGAGUGUGAUUGAGAGCUUUAAUUGAUUUUUUUAUAUUGUAAAAUGAUGUCUUCCAGUAGAGUUUAAGAAAAAAUAAAUUUUAUUUUAAUAGUAA